AUGUCAGCGAAGCAGCAAUUACGCAUAUUGGUUCCAGUGAAAAGAGUGGUUGAUUUUCAAAUCAAACCACGCGUAAAUAAGACGUUGACCGGCAUUGAAACUAAUGGUGUUAAAUUCAGUAUCAACCCAUUCGAUGACAUUGCAGUCGAAGAAGCCAUUAGAAUUAAAGAGAAGAAUAAGAACUUAGUGGAAUCCACGCACGCUGUAUCUAUUGGCCCGGCCAAGGCUCAGGACAUAUUAAGAAAUUGUCUUGCAAAGGGUAUAGACACCUGUAGCUUAAUCGAUUCCGCGGGUAAAGAAAAUAUAGAACCCUUAGCCAUUGCCAAAGUCUUGAAAGCUGUUGUGGAAAAAAAGGGUUCUAACUUGGUCUUGAUGGGUAAGCAAGCAAUUGAUGACGAUUGCAACAACACUGGUCAAAUGUUGGCCGGUCUGUUAAAUUGGCCACAAGCAACAAACGCAGCCAAGGUGGAAUUCCUUCAAAACGGCAGGGUCCAAGUAACAAGAGAAAUCGAUGAUGGUGAAGAGAUCAUCGAGGCCUCCUUACCGAUGGUCAUUACAACGGAUCUGAGACUAAAUACCCCACGUUAUGUGGGACUGCCCAAACUGAUGAAGGCAAAAAAGAAGCCAAUUGAGAAAUUAGAUAUAACCAAGGAUUUCUCCGAUCUCAACAUCGAGCCUCAGUUGAAGAUUAUAUCUAUGGAAGAGCCGAAGACUAAGCCACCAGGUGUGAAAUUGAAUUCUGUAGAUGAAUUGAUCGAAAAGCUAAAGGAAGCUAAGGUCAUCUAA